GACCCUUGGGAGCCCAUCCACCCUGACAGUGUGUGGGGAGGGCAAAGGAGUAUGUCAGAGACCUCUCUGCCCCCAGAUGCAAAAGAGAUUUGCUGGCUGUGCCUCCGAAUUCCUGAGCACCUGGGGUGCAGAGGAGCCUCUGUUCCACCAGCCCCUGACCAGCCUGUUCUGUCUGGGGCCUUUCCUCCUUCCAGAGUUCAUGGCCCUGAGGCUGGAGAACAGUGAUGGCUGCUCCGGGCGCCUGCAGGUUUUCUACAGCGGGACGUGGGGCAGCGUUUGCUCCAACUCCAUGACCACCGAGACGGUGUCACUGGUGUGCAAGGAGCUGGGCUGCGGGAAUGAAGGGGAACUGGAAACAGAUUCUAGCUAUGCCAAGCUGUCUGGUACUGCAUGGCUGGAUCACGUGGAGUGUGGGAAGAGCAACAGCUCUUUCUGGCAGUGUCCCUCUGCUCCCUGGAAUCCGCAGUCUUGUGAUGACCUCCGAGAAGAGACCCACAUCACCUGCAAUGGUAAAUCUGAGCCAUCAAGGCACCAGGUCCUGUUCCCCGCAGGAUAUGGUGAAAUGCAGAGAAGGAACCCAGAGAAGCUUUGGCUUUCUGCAUUAGACCUUGUAGCUGCUGGAGGAACAAAG